AUGUCGGCCCCGCGACCCGAGUUCCUCAAGUUCACCGGCCACAAGUCCUUCACGCAGCGCCUGGUGCUCUCGACGCUGACCGGGCGCCCCGUGCACAUCUCCAAGAUCCGGUCCAACUCCCCCACCAACCCGGGCCUGGCCCCGCACGAGGUGUCGUUCCUGCGGCUGCUCGAGGCCGUCACCAACGGCAGCUCCAUGCAGAUCUCCUACACGGGCACGACCAUAACCUUCGUCCCUGGCCUGAUCACGGGCGCCGUCCCGGGCUACGGCGCCGUCGGCGACGAGGGCGACAUCGUCGAGCACAGCCUCCCCGCCACGUGCGCGCGCGGCGUCACCUACUUCCUCCUGCCGCUCUGCCUGCUCGCGCCCUUCUCCAAGUCGCACAUGAACGUGCGGUUCACGGGGCCGGGCGUCAUCACCUCGGCGACCGAGACAGGCGACCUGUCGGUCGACUCGUUCCGCACCGCCGUCCUGCCGCUGUACGAUCUGUUCGGCAUCCCCGCCGCGCGCAUCGAGCUCAAGGUGCUGCAGCGGUCGUGCGCGGGGCUCAAGGGCGCCGGCGGCGCCGGCGAGGUCGAGCUCCGGUUCGCCAGCCAGGUCCGCCUACCCAAGACGCUGCACCUCAACAGGAGCCCCGGCAAGAUAAAACGCAUACGCGGCGUGGCGUACGCGACGGGCGUGUCGGCGUCGAAUAAUGCGCGCAUGAUACAUGCAGCCCGCGAGGUGCUCAACCCCUUCGUCUCGGACAUUCACGUCGCCGCGCAGUACGACCAAGCACCUUUAAUCGCCGACAAUACAGAAAAGGCUGGAGGCAAGCGGAGGAUGGGUAUUGGCUUUGGCUUGAGUCUAGUCGCAGAGUCAAGUGCUGCGGGUGUACUAUAUUCGGCGGACGUGGUGGCGCCACCCAAAGGAGGUGUGGUGCCCGAGGAUAUCGGCAAGAGGUGCGCAUACCAACUUCUGGAGUCACUCAGCUUAGGAGGAUGCGUCAGCGGAGCGGCGACAGGCACGAUCCUGACGCUAAUGGCCAUGGGAUCCGAGGACGUGGGACGUGUGAGACUCGGCAGAGACAUAAUAGGCAGGGAGGAGGUCAUAAAUCUGGCACGAGAUUCUCGGAAAUUUGGCGCCAGCAGCUGGGGCUUGAGAGACGUUGACGAGGACGACACGGACGACAUCGUAGUCUCGGUGAAGGGAACUGGUGUGGGCAACGUCGGCAGGAAAGUCGCGUAA